UGGACACAAUACGCAGAUGAGCCAGCGUGGGUUUUAGAUUACACUAGCCUACUCUCCAGGACUUUGACGCGCACAGGAUAUCCGAAUUGGGAAUUGCGAGUUCCAGAUGUUAGUCCACACUUACUCGGCGAUGGAGCGCGCGGACGGACUGACUGGUUCCUCACCGAGCGGCCGUCUCUCCCAGCUGUCUUCCCUCAACCAGGCUGCCUAUUCCUCUGCGCCCCCCUUGUGUCACACCCCGGCAUCGGACUUCCAGCCACCCUACUUCCCACCCCCCUACCCGCAGUCCUCGCUGUCCUUCUCCCAGAGCCAGGAAUCCGCGUAUCCGCACCUGCCGGAGCCCUACAACUCCAUCAGCUCACUCCACCAGCAACAGGCCGCCUGGCACUCUCAACGGUCACGCUCGGAGGAGGGCGCGCUGCUGUCGCAGUCCCAACGGGCGUUAAGUCUCGACCCGCGGCGGGAGUACCCUGGGGUCCCGCGGCUACUGCAUGGGCUGGGGGAGGGCGCGGCGGCGUUGGGGGAGAGUCCUCUCGGGAUGCACGCGGGACAUCACAGCCUGGAAGAUAUGCAGGCAAUGGAGGAAGCCUCAGCACUUGGGGUUUUGGACCACUCUGUCAUAAAGAAAGUGCCCAUCCCUUCCAAGCUGAAUGGCUCCACCCUGUCGGCGCUGACCUUCAGUAAGGACAUGGGUCUGGGUGGCGUGUCCAACCCGGCGGAGGUCUUCUGCACGGUGCCCGGCCGCCUGUCCCUCCUCAGCUCCACCUCCAAGUACAAGGUGACUGUGGGAGAGGUGCAGAGACGCCUGGCCCCGCCCGAAUGCCUCAACGCAUCACUACUGGGAGGAGUCUUACGCAGGGCAAAAUCUAAGAACGGCGGCCGCUGCCUUCGGGAACGCCUGGAGAAGAUCGGCCUGAACCUGCCAGCUGGACGCCGCAAAGCAGCCAACGUCACUCUCCUCACAUCACUGGUGGAGGGUGAGGCGGUGCACCUUGCUCGGGAUUUCGGUUACGUGUGUGAGACUGAGUUUCCCGCCAGAGCCACGGCAGAGUACCUGUGUCGCCAUAGUGACCCCGAACAGCUGCCCACACGACGAAGCAUGCUGAUGGCCACCAAGGAGGUGUGCAAGGAGUUUGUGGAGCUGAUGUCUCAGGACCGCUCUCCUCUGGGAGCGAGCCGGCCGGUGCCGUGCCUGGACUCAAGCGUCCAGAGCAGCCUGACCCACUUCAGCCUGCUCACCCACGGCUUCGGCGGCCCCGCCAUCUGCGCCGCGCUUACCGCCUUCCAGAGCUACCUGCAGGAGGCGCUCAAGGUGCUGGACAAGAGCGAGGGGGGCCGGGGCGGCCACGAGGGGGGCAGGGGGGGCCACGAUAAGGAGCUCAAACACCGCAAGUAG